AUGUACAUCUGUACAGUUUAUGCAUGACUAUGCAUGUAAACAGCUGUCAAUUUAAUAUUUAAAAUAAUACUUUAAUUCUAUUUGCACACACAUUGAUUACUCUAGAGCUUCUGUGUUAUAAAAGUGAGUACUAUUGUAUUGUAUCGUAGUGAUAGAAUGAUAGUGUCAUUGUUAUUGUUAUUUCUUUACACUCCUCCUUCUAUUUCUCAGAAUAUUCAUACUCUUCCCACCGAUGCUGUAGCUAAAAAUAGUAACACUGGACAAACAGAAUAUCUUGCAUUGUUUCUCAUACACCUCCUCCCUCCCUCCACUGACUGCGAAGCUUCAUUAAAGUUGUGUACUGUUUUCAAGGAUUGGGGAAACACCGCCAUUAAUUCCAUGUAGUAGGAGUACAUGCUUACUACUAAUCUUUCGGUAAAGAGCCACUUAAGCAAACAUCGAAAGCAGACAGUUCACCAGGGGAAGCACCUUAUUAUACUAAGAAGUGACAGAAAAGGGACAGUUAUACUCAUAAUUGUAGCCUUUGAGUAGUAGCUUGUUGUCUUUAAAGCUACUCAUUCAUUGGAUUAAAACUUCUCUAAAAGGAAAGAGGGGGUUUUUUGUCUUCUUAUAACUAGUAUUUAGACUGCAGCUUUUACUGAAUUGUUCAUACAUUUAGUCAUAAAGGAUAAACUUAGUAUAGCUAUCGAAUCUUUCUACCUCAAUCUCUGAGCAAUGACUGACAACUGGCCAACUGCUUUCAUUGAUAUUACAGUUAAUAAUGGAUUGCUUUCAAAAGCAGGAGACGAUCAAAAAGCAGCUGCUAAAGAGGAUACCUCAAAGAACCUUGUAACAGCUAUCAAGCAACUAGUGCCUCAUCUCCACGAGAAAACCACAGGGAACUGUCGCAUUAUGCUAAGAGAGGUCUCAUUUAGUGAUUGCUGUGUUGCUGAUGUGACUCGAUUCACUCCAAAGCCACACUCUCAUCCUUACGAUGGUGAUACCAAUCCUCACGAUGCAGUCAUCAUUAGCAUCGUUGCACCACGUAAAGAUAAGAACAACCAUGGCCUCACGGUAAAUGAUGUGCAGCAUAUUGGAGACUCCAUUAAAGAUUUACUACAGAAGGAGCCAUAUAAGAUUGACAGGAAGAACAUCAUUGUCGUCCAGCAAACAAGUAAUUAUUAUUAUCAUUAAUAAUUAUUAUUGUUAUUAUUAUUAAGAUUAAACCAAGCAACCAGUUCCCUCCUUCACUACUAAUUUAAAGUUAUAAUUUAAUUAAAAAUAAUCAAUCUAUUCACAACAACAUAACAAUAGAGCAAGGAAUAGAGGCAUUUCACUGAACAAUUGAACAUUAUGUUAUAAGUAUGAUUUUUGACAUUAUUGUUAUACUGUGUACCAUUUAAUGAAAGUUAUUAUUCAAA